GCCCAGCACUGGAAAAGCGAGGCGACAACCCUAGUGUGCUGUUAAUUAAUCACUUUUACUGUUUACUUUUAUAACUAAUACUGUUGUUAAUUUAAUUAACAAAACACAAAAAAAAAAAAACAUAAAACGAAUUAAAAUUAAAAUACGGGUAUUGUCAUCUACAACGACGCAAAAGACCAUCACAGUUUCCUUAAGCCACCACUUUGAACUGCAGACCAACGAAAUAGACAAAAAAAAAACACAUAAAAUAACAUAAUAAUAUUAAGAAAGUCGUCUACUGUGCGUAUGUGCGUGUGUGUGUUUAUUUUGUUGCAUAUUGAAGCUUAUAAUAUAUGCAGAGUUUCAAUGCGAACGCAUAUAUAAUUCACAGCUUUUGGCCUUCCGCUUUGCCUUUACAACAGCACUACCAUCAACAACAACAACAACAAAGACGACAACCCACACAAUCGCACACAAACAUAUACACGGGCACACCACAAGCGAAGGAGAGGAAGAGACAGAGACAGACAGAGAGGGGAGAUAAAGGAGAUAGCGAUAACCUGUGAACACCAACAGCAACAACAUCCAAGAUGGGCCUCUUACUCUCCCGUUUAUGGCGGAUGUUCGGCAAUGAGGAACACAAACUUGUGAUGGUCGGUCUGGAUAAUGCAGGAAAGACAACAAUUCUCUAUCAAUUCCUAAUGAACGAAGUUGUCCACACAAGCCCCACCAUUGGCUCCAAUGUCGAGGAGGUUGUCUGGCGGAACAUACACUUUCUUGUAUGGGAUUUGGGUGGCCAGCAGAGUUUACGGGCCGCCUGGAGCACUUAUUAUACAAACACAGAGCUGGUCAUUAUGGUUAUCGAUUCAACGGAUCGAGAACGUUUGGCUGUGACGCGAGAUGAACUAUAUCGGAUGCUCCAGCAUGAGGAUCUGAGCAAAGCCAGCCUUUUGGUCUAUGCCAAUAAGCAGGAUCUGAAAGGAUCCAUGUCAGCGGCGGAAAUAUCUAGGCAAUUGGAUUUAACCUCCAUAAAGAAGCAUCAAUGGCACAUCCAAGCGUGCUGUGCGCUCACAGGCGAGGGUCUGUAUCAGGGAUUGGAGUGGAUCGUUCAGCGCAUUAAGAAUAAAUGACAGGCUCCUGCCCCUGCCCUAGUUGAUAGUUAAUAACUAAAUACUUACAUAUACACAAUACAUACGAUUAUAAAAACAAACGAAAAAACGAAAACCAUUAUACAAACUUGUGGUCGCAAUUCCAAUUUUUAAGAGUGCAAAAUUUGCAAAACGUCAAUCAAGAAAACCGUUUUUCAAUUACCAUUUCCCUGUUUCAAUCUACAUACAUAUAUAAUAUAUAUGUAUGUUUUGUAUGAUUCGUCAUUGUUAGGAAUUGGAAUUGAGAUUGGCCCAGUUAGAAAAAUAAAUCAAUUUUUUUAUA